AUGAGCGCCCUCUUCGGCGGCCUGGGCAUCGUCUCCGUCCGCACGCCGGUUGCGGACUGGGACUGGAACAAGCUCCCGGGAGAGGGCGAGAUCAGAUCGUUGUUGUUUGCCUUUCUCUUCUUGGUCGUCUUUGUCGUCCUUGCUCACCUUACCAAUCCAUCUGAGACAUCCUUUCGCACUUUCCUCACCGAACAAUCGUUUCGCCAGCAUCUGAGCCGCCUCGACCAGUCGAGCGAAGACGCGGCCGACGCCGACGACUACGCCCUCCCGCACACGCACAAAGGUCUCGGCUUUGAACGCCCGGUCCACUUUGCUAAUCGUGCCUCGGUCUCCCUCCGCACGCCCAAGCACAUCACCCACUCGUUCGGUAUCCUCACCGUCGCCGCCGUCGUCCCCGACGCGCACACCCGCACCUCGCGCGCGGACUGCGCUGCAUGCACGGAUGAUUUUGAGGGCGCAUCGGCCGCCAUCACCGACUCCUGGUUCGUUGGCGCCUUUGGAAAAUGGUGGCGCGGAGGAGCCCUCGACGCGUGGUGGCUCGAGACCAUGUCCAAGUCCAAGUCGGAGGAGGGAUGGACGUCGGGAAUACUGGGCAUCAAGAGCCUCGAUCGCAUUGCGUCUGCCACCGGUCUAUCGCUCUCGUCCUACUAUUCCAAUCGCCUGUUCUCCCGCAUAACGCCGACGUCGAUCCGCCAGCCACGAGGCGCUUCGUCGCCCCAGUUCCCGGGCAGCCUUCGUCAGCGCAGUUUGUCUCCGCCGCCGCUCCCCAAGUCGGCCUCUCUCCCGCUGCACACGGCGCCUAACCUUCGGUCCACCAGUCAACAACAACAGGUUCAAACACUCACCGUCCCCACCGCUGCAGCAUGCGAUACGAUCCGGGGCAGCACGCCCGCUCUCUCGCGCACAUCGUCGACAGUUUGCCUUGAUCCAUCCUCGCCUAUGAUCUCGGAGCUGCUGCGCCAGAUAGGCAUUUCCAAGACCACCGUUGAAGACCUCCGUAACCAACUCACCGACCUGCAGCACGCUGCGGCUGAGUCGCACGCUGGCCUGCAGAGCGAGCUCGACGAGCACCGCGAACGCCGGCGGCAGGAAGAGGCCGCGCGCGCCGAGCUACGCGCUCGCACGAAGUCAAUUGAGGAUCAGCGACGCGCCGCAGACGCGGCCAAGCGCGAUGCCGAGAAGCGUCUCAAAGCGGCGCACACGCAACGCGACCACGCGGCGCAGCGGAUGGCACACUUAGACAAGGAGAUCGCCAAGCUGCGCCAGCGUGCAGCGGGUGACGCAGCAGCGCGACGCGCCGGUGCGGAGGAAGCCGCGGUCGCGGAGAAGGAACACGCGGAGCAGCUGGCGCAGAAGCGGAAGGAGAUCGGAAUCGCGGAGGACGUCGUUGCGGCGCUCAACGCGCGCGCAAGGCAGCUGGAGGAGAAGAUUGCGGCGGAGAAGGAGAGGCUGAGGCGCGCAAGAGAGCAGGCGGAGGCCAGGAGCCUGGAGCAGCAGGCGACGACGAUCUUGAGUCACAGCGUGUUGACCGGCGAGCCCGCGUCUUGGGGCUCCCUCGCUGUCGAGCCCGACCACGAUCGCGCGUCGAGCUCGCCCGAGGGCACGGACAGCUCCAUGUCGCCCCGGCCUAAGCAUCUUUCGCUUGGCAGCGCCUCGAAUUUUAGCCACUCCGAGCCGGCCGAGAACAACCAGAUCGCCCUCCGUGCCAAAGGCUACUCGAUCUUCAACGACGACCUCGCCUCGCUUCAACAUCAGCAACGCUCAGCCGUCGAUGUGCCGUUCACGCCGUUUGGGGAACGCGACAGCGACUCCAGCGCACCGCCGAGUGACCCGCCGAUAACGCCGCUCUCGUCUUCGUUGAUCCCGACCAGCCUCAUCAAGUCGCUCGACGCCAGCGAGCAGUUCGUGCGCUCCGACGAUGAUCCGAUCGUUGGACGCGAGACCGAAGUUGCGCUGCGAUACGCGCCACUGCCUCCUGCGCCGUUUGAGCUCCCGCACCAUGCGUCCUCGCUCCCGAUCGUCCUCCCUGGUCCCGACGCGGACGACUACGACCCAUUCGAGGUGCGGCCUCCGCCCCCGCGCGAGCGUGCGGAUUGCUUCGAUACGCAGCGCGCCACCUUCCACCGCCACGCACCCGAGGCUCUUCAGAACAUGUUCGUAGAAGAGGAACCAGUCGUUGCCGACAAGGGCGUUACUGUCCCGCGCCGCUGGUUCUCGAGCUCGACUUCCUCGACCAAGGAUAAGGACAAGGAGAAACCGAAGCGCGGGCUCAACCCGGACGCGAAGGUCUUCUCCCUCGCACGCAAGAAGGCGCCGACGAUACCGCUCCCUGGACCUCACCCGGCUACCUCCGGAUCCGCGCUUGGCAGUCUGCACAACGCGUCGGCCUCGCUCGACACGUUCGAUCGCCUCAAUCCGUCCAUCCACGCGAGCACCGGCACGCCCGCUGACGCGGGUCACUCGCUCUGGUCGACGAUCUCGAUGCGCGCGUUCGCGCCGUCUCCGGCCGAGCGCGAGGCGCUUCAGCGCGCACUCGGCGGGUCGACGAACACGAGCCUCGACCGCCUGCCGACGCUGAGCGACGUGCCUGGCAGCCUGCCCGCGACGCCGCCCCACGUGCACGCGGUCGCCUUCCCUGGCCCUGGCCCUGCACUAGACCUCGGCGCGUUUGGGUUGUCCACGCAGCCUCAGCGCUCGUCGUGGCUGUCCAACUUUGGGUUCAUGGGCUCGCGUAAGCCAAAGUUCAGCCCGUGGGACGACGAGGAGACGGUAAUGGAGAAGGAAGGGGCCGGAGAGCAGGAGAAGAAGCUGGUGGUGAUGGAGCAGUGAAGAGAACGCGUUGCUGGUGUAGAGAGGCUCUGUGUAAGUUCAUCGCGCUUGAGGCGGGGGUGGGGUAUGGGUUGUAGGAGCAAAGAAGAAAGAGCACUGGUGCUGAAGAAGGGGGGUGCUCGUUGAUAACAAGAGUGGUUUAUUUGUCACUGAAGCAGAAAUGAAACGAA